ACUUGUAACAGACGCGAUAUCAGCGUUAGGUUUGGAGGAGGGAAUCCAUCAGCUGGGACAAUUCAAGAUAGAGAUACGUAAAGGAUGCGCCUAUAUCGCUGGAACGGACACUCUGUGUGGUAGCAUAGCCGAGAUGUCCAAGUGUGUGAGACACUUUAAAGACGCUACAGGUUGCACAAUAGUCGAAGCCUUGGAAGCGGCGACUUUGCAUCCUGCGAGAAGCCUUGGUAUCGAUUCCUACAAAGGUAUUCUUAAUUUUGGAGCCGAUGCCGAUUUUAUAUUACUAGACGAGAAGUUGGAGCUCCUAUCGACGUGGAUUUCAGGAGAAUGCGUUUAUGAAAAGAUUCCUGGCAGUACAAAACAACUGGAAGCUAAACGUAAGUAGAUAUCCCGGUACAAAUAAAAAAUCAGUUGUAUAAAACAACUGGAUAUUCUAUAAUUCGGCCAGUGUACAUAAAUCGACAGUGACAGGCCUACAAUAAUAAUUAAAGUUAUAAUUAAAAAGCCUUAAACUUACUUCAGAUAAUAACUUUUGUAUGUUACACUGAGAUUUUACUACAUUUAUAUUGAUAGUUUUGCGCUUGAAAAGAGAUUAUUUAUAGAAAAAAAAGAUAAAAUACUAUGUACUAUAUAAAAUUUGAAGAUUUAAUUUCUUUUAUUUUUCCGGGUAUUGCAUCAUGUGAAAUUUACAUUUAUAAAGACACUAUAUGAUGACUGUAUAAGAGUGAACGUAUUUUGCUAAAUGAAGGAUAUUAGAAAAGUUAUAGUAUUUUCAUGUACUCUUUUCUACUAAGAUGUAAAUAUGUAACAAUAAAUGUAUUGUUUUUUAUUUUAUAAACUUA